AGAAGAAUGGUGGUUGGAUAGCAAUAGAUAGACACUACGGACAAAACCAAAUGCCGACUUCGUCAGUGCACAAGCUGCUUGGCGGCACUGCAGCCUGUCCGUUGCUCUCCUGCUUUCUUGCUUUUGCAGCAGCUAUCGCAUACCAUGCGCGGGCACAAACGAUAGCAGGAGGGAUUAGCCCGGUUCUUCCGGUUCUUCGUGAACAAGAUGCCGAUACCUUGGAAGCGCUCCAUCAAGUUGCUGCGUAUGAGGCUACGCCGGCCGCAGAAAGAAGUGACAGCACAUCAUGGUCCUCACAGCUCAAUCAAAAUCAUGCGGAAAGUGAAAGUGUCGGAGCUGAUCGUGAAAAAGAAGAAGAACAUGAGGACGUCACCGCGCCGUCUGGACCUGGUGACGCAGCCACCGCAAAAGCAGAACUCGUUGUGCGAAGAUCUGCUGUUGCAGCGGAUAGCAAUACUAGAACUAGCCCUAGCGUCGUCGACGACCACGCGCUAGAAGUACUACCAUCAUUUCAACGUGUCUACUGGCCACCAGCACCAGCUGCAGCUCCAUCAUCGUCCCCGCAGAUGAGCAACAACAGCCCCCUCGGCUCCCUCCACCUCGACCUCAACGCGCUGGCCCACCGGAUUCUGAAGGCGGAUCUCUCGCUUCCCUGGGUCGAGCAGUUAUGGAAGGGACACGAAGCCAGUUACCCGACGUUGGAGGAGGGGAUGAAGCUCUUGACAGAGUUAUCCACAGUAAAUUUCCCGUACACGAUGUGCAAAUGCAGCUUCUGCAUGACAAAGCCUCAUUCCAAUCCUGUUUAGCAUGACAAGUCGCAUGGUGCUCCAAAUUGGCGAAAUUGAAAUUUGUGAUGCAUUUUGUACAUGUAGGGGAAAUUUGUGUUGCAUAUGAGUGGGAGAAAGCGUACCCGGACUGCUUUGUCAAGGAAAAGAUCGGAGAGAGCUUCCAAGGCCGGGAGCUGCUCGCUUACAAACUUGCUUGUAGUUCCACGAGACCAAAGGCCGCCGGAGCAGCUGCUGCAAGUACUACUAGCCCCGCCGCGGCGGUAUUACCCUUGACGCCCAUCGACAACCGGCCGAAAUUCCUGCUCACUUCGCUCACCCACAGUCGGGAACCGGCGGGUCUGGUCGUCGUGCUGUUUUUCGUCGGGCAGCUGCUGGCCCGACGCGGGAUUGACCCCGACGCGGAUUUUGUGCUGCAGGAACGGUUGAUCUACGUGAUUCCCUUCGUAAAUCCGGACGGGUACGUGUUCAACGAAAAAUCCCGCACGAAAAUGAAGCGAAAGAACAUGGUAUCCACUGCGAAAGUAUCGUACUCGUAGUAAAUUAUGAUCGCAGUGGUCAUGCAUUACGAUCCUCCUUCUUGAGGUAAAAGCGCAUUACAAAUUCGAUUUCUCAUGCUGAAGAAACUUGUCAUGCGAUUUCUCCUACUAGUACGAGACUUUUGCAAUGCACAGAUGCGGCCGACCUGCAACCAUCGGGUGGAAGAUGGAGGAGUGGAUUUGAACCGGAAUUUUCCGACCCAUUGGAAACGAGUCCCAUCCGGCUGCAGUGAGGAGUACGGAGGAACAAAGCCCUUUUCCGAGCCGGAAACCGCGGCGCUGGAGCAAUUGGUGAAAAAAGUGAAGUUCACCGUUUGUAGCAAUCUACACGCGUUUGGGUCCAUGUUGACGCACCCGUAUAACUACAAGACGCGGAACACUCUGCCCCCAGACGACGCGCUGAUCUACAAGGAGAUCAACAAGGUCUUCAAAUACAGCAAGUUUGGCACGGCGAAAGAGACCGUCGGGUACACGGCGUUUGGCGAGUCGGACGACUGGUUUUACGACCAGGGCAUUAUCUCCAUGUCCCCAGAGGUUGGCCACGAGGAGGACGGAUUUUGGCCAAGACAGGGGAAGAUCCGCGGGAUCAUCGAGCGCAACUACAUCCGCAUGCGGUACUUGGCGCUGAAAACAGGGUGCGAAAUUUACGUCGAGCUAGGUGUUUCUUCGGGAAAUAGAAACGUCGCGACGGUGUCAAACAAGGGCUUAGCGACUUGCACGAACCCGACCAUCGCCCUGAAAAUCGAAAACGUGAAGCAGGCGCCGGCGGCGCAGGCGGUAUUCGACGAGGCUGCGGGUAGUGGUGGUGGUUUAUCUGUAGGAGCCACGUUUGAACAAACGCCGGACGUCACUGUCGACCAAGCUUUCGUCGCGGAAAAGUCGGGCUUGGUCGUUUUCACGGUAAAAAAAGACCUACCGCGACGCACGUCGGUGCAGGUGCACUUUACCGCGGGUGGAGCUGGGUUUCCGGAACUCACGCCGCCGGGUGGCGGCGUGGUGGUGCUGUCGUGGUACGGUUCUUGAGCACUUUUUUUGUAAUUUGUUCCUGUUUAUCGAGGGCAGCAAUUGUUCUUUGUAGUUGUCGAUGCGAAUUUUUAGAAAUGCAUCCAUGCUGUCAGACGAGUCAUCUGUAUCUUUUUUGAGAGUCAUAAUGCUUCGAAAAAAUAAUUCACCAGGUGCUCGCAAUCUGGUUCUGCGCCCGCCGCUGCGGAGCAGUGCCAAUGUCGGCAGAACGAAGUAAAAAACAACAAGGAAACGGAGUUUCAGUCUCCAAACUUCCCCCUCUGCACGGUGACCGCCGUGAAGCGCGCCGCGAGUCAGCAAACGACCACACCCCUGGCGGGCUCUUUUUCAGCGGAAGCGAAGCAGAUGCUGGGUAAAUUGACCACGCCGGCAAAGGUCGUCGCGAAGCAGCAGGGAGGUGGAGGUACUACUCCGGCUGCUGGUAAUGGUGCAGCUUCGACUGCAGCGCCUGCAGGAUCAUCUGCGAACAAACCGCAGACGCCAGUAGCCCCGUCUUCACCAGGAGCAGGAGGAGCAGGUGCCGCGAGUCCUGUUCCGACACCUGCUUCCCCCACGCCGGCACCUUCGAAGAACCCCGCCGCCGCGGCAUCAAAUGCCAGCCAUCCGCCGGGCCGCAGCAAAGGGAUCGUAACCGGGUUCUUCAGUUUUGCGGGCGAGCGCCUUAGCGACGAUUUGCUGCAGACCGUCGGGCUAUUAGCGGUGCUGUCCUUGACGCUGCUUGCGUGCAACGUCUACGUCUUGGCGCGGAAAUAUCUGUUUCCACAAAUAAGUAGCAACUCUUUGUCUUUUCAUCCCGCAGGCGGGCUCAUAGGUACCGCGGCGGGGGCGUCCUCUGCCAGGCACGUAAAACUCACGGAGCAGGACGAGAGUGCGUUUACCAAUUCCUCUGGCUCGAAGGGGAUAGUUGGAGGCGGAAUCGGCAGUAGCUUAGAGGACGAGCCGACCUUUGUUAUCGAUGUGCCAGCCGCGGGUAAGAGCGAAGAAGAUCUGAAUCAGGAGGGUAUUACUGCACCAGCUGCUGCAGGUCGUGGAAGGAACAGCCCAGUGCGAAAUGUAUCACCGCAGAAGACAAGUCGUGUUACGGGGGGCGUCGGCCUCUCACCGCCACGAGCUGCAGCACAGGAGUGAGCAGUAGCUAGAAGAAUAUUUAGAAAAGCAUCCAUAUCGUCCACUUUAACAAAACAGGAGCGUGAGACUUACUGCAGAUUGAGACUGACUGCAGUGGUUUCGUGUGCAACUACGUCGACAUACAGUGUUUGCAU